AUGGCUGCAGAAGUAAAGCCUGUCUUUCGAGCGGUCUCGACAUCUCCGAGGCCGCUAUACCAACUUCUCCGCUGCAUAGACUUUGCACAGAGAGUCCACGUCCAGAUCACCGAAGAUGGCAUUCGCUUUGCCGCCGAUAAUUCGCGGGUCAUGCAAGGGGUUGCAUUUCUGGACAAGACUCUGUUUUCUGUGUAUACUGUGAACUUUCCUCUGUCAGAAGAUGGCGAAACACCCGAAUAUCCCAACUUCCAAAUACCACUAUCGACAUUCCUCGAAAUCUUGCAAAUCUUUGGAUCUGUGGACAUGGCUGCUCGAGCUCAGAAGGCCGACCAAGACCCAUACCGAAGUAACUUUCGCAACUAUAGGCCAAGUGCGUUUAGCAACCAGACUCUUGGCAUACCUGGGACCUGCACGAUGUUAUAUGCCGAAGAGGGCGAUCCAUUCAAAGUCACCCUUGAAGAGUCUGGCAUCAAAACUACAUCAGCCCUGUCAACUUAUCUUCCCGAGAUGCCAGAGGAUAUUCCGUUUGACCGUAAUGAUUUGACGUUCAAAAUCAUCAUGUCUUCCCGCACCUUGUUUGACUGCAUCGCCGAGAUUAUACCGGCGGGGCCCGUCAAGCUAACUAUAACAGCCACCAAGACUUCGCCAUUCUUAACCCUAUCUUGCGCUGGAGAUAUAGGCAGCUCUAGUGUGGACUUUGCUCGAGGAAAGGAUCUACUCGAAACAUUCACCAUCAACGAACGCUGGUCACAGGCAUACAAGUUUGACUUUAUCAGACAUGCUAGCGAGGCGAUGCGUAUUGCAAGCAAAGUCAGUCUAAGAGGCGACAGCCAGGGCGUCCUGAGCUUACAAUUCAUGGUCGACGUGGAAGGAGGGAAAAGGAGUUUUUUGGACUUUCGCUUUGUUCCAUUCGCCUCACACGAUGACGGUGAUGAAGAGGAUGAUGUUGAAUCGGAAGCAUAUGAUUAA